AUGGCUCUUUUAUCGUUUUCUGUUUUAAUUUUAAUCAUGAUCAUUUUGGAAGCAACUACUGGAGGAACCUUGACUCAGGCUGGUUACUGGACUCCUUGGAUUAUUUUUCCAAUUUAUGUUUUCCUUGGAUUUUUCAUUGGAGAGACCAGAAUUGGAUUUAUGACAAUUUGUAUUGUCUUGUCUGUCUUAUCCGUAAUAAUUUGUGCUGUCUACCUUCUUUUUGCUAAAAUCAAACCAACUCCAGAAGAGGAAGCAGAACAACAACAAAAGCAAGCUGAAAUGAAGGAGCUGUCAGAAAAUCCCAUUAAGGACGAUUCGAACAACGGCACAUUCACAGAGCUAGCUCCAAAAGAUGAAACUACAGUGACCGUCACUGUUUAA